AUGAGGGGAAUUUUGCUGAAAGGAGUAAAUAAGUUAGUCUUCAGCGACUGUUUGAAAAAACCUAUGUUAGAAAAAGGAAAUCACUGUAGGGAUGAAAACGACCUAUUGAUAAAAGUCUGCGCAUCAGGUAUUAAUAGAAUUGAUAUUUUAAUAAAACAAAAUAAAUAUGCACAUUUCCCAAGAAAUAAAUGUUUGGGAAUAGAAAUUAGUGGAAUUAUUGAAGAAUCGAAUUGUGAACGUUUUAAGAAAAAUGAUCGAGUUUGUUCCCUAUUAAAAUAUAAUGGAUACUGUGAAUAUGUACUAGCUAAUUCGAAGCAUACCAUGAAAAUAGACAAUAAUACUACUAUGUCAAUGAUCGAAGCUGCAAGUUUACCAGAGAGUUUCUUAACAGCGUACAAAUUAAUUUAUUACAUUGCAAGGUUUCCCUUAAUUGGUCAGGAUAUUAUCACGGGUGUGGAAAAUAUAAAUAAGAGGGGCAGAAGUGACGACGAAUUUGAUGGCAAGGGGAUAGACGGAAGGGAUGAGAAAGUUGAUAGCGAGGGCAUGAACAGAAGGGAUGAGAAAGUUGAUAGCGAGGGCAUGAACAGAAGGGAUGAGAAAGUUGAUAGCGAGGGCAUGAACAGAAGGGAUGAGAAAGUUGAUAGCGAGGGCAUGAACAGAAGGGAUGAGAAAGUUGAUGGCAAGGGAAUGGACAGAAAGGACAAGAAAGUUGAUGGCGAGGGAAUGGACUCACAUAAACUAACUUCUCUUGAUAAAGGAAACAGUGACAGAGGCCAUCACUUCAAACAAUUUGUCAAAGAAGAAAGAAUAAAAAGCAUCAACCGAAUAACUGAUAACUACUUUCAAAAUGAAGAAGUGAACGUUUUGGUUUAUGGCUCUCUAAGCAGCGUUGGUAUAAAUUUAUUACAGCUAUUGAAUUUUGAAAAAAAAAGGAACAUACUAAAAAUUAAUAAAAUUAUUGCAGUUACAUCAAAUGAAGUGAAAGCCAAAAAAGCUCUAGAAGUAGGAGCGACUGAUUACGUAUUUCAUAAUAAAGAAAAUUUUGUUGAUAGUGUGUUAAAUAUAACAAAAAAAAUUAAUUUAAUAUUCGACUGUAUCGGAAAGAGUAUGUUUGAAAAUAACAUCAAAAUAUGUACAUAUGACACUGUCUGGAUAUUAUAUGGUUUAUUAAGUGGAGCAAAGGUAAAUAAUUUUAAUUUAUUUCAUUUAAUAAAUAAAAGAAUUCUUUUACUUAAUACUACUCUUUAUGAUAGAUCCGAUAUAUACAAGGAAGAGUUAAUAAACUCUUUUCAAUAUAAUUUAUUCCCUCUCCUAAAACACAAAAUUUUGAAACCCUAUAUAUAUCAAGUGCUAGAUAUUGAGCAAGUGGAAAAGGCGCAUUACAUAAUUGAAAACAAUCUGAACAUCGGCAAGGUCGUAUGCCAAUUUUGA